AUUUGGCUAACCAUAAACGCCUGAUACCAACUCUCAUAUUUUAGCCACAGUUCUCCAGACAGACUCUUAUGCUUGUGCCUUUUCCUCGUGCCAAGGCUCCGCUUGCUUGCAUACCCACAAUUCCACGCGCACCUCUAACCAACCAAGGAGAUUGGCAAUUGAACGAACUCGUGUGUAUUUCACCACGAAAGACAGUAGUUGUCGGUUGUUUCUAUCUUUUACAUGGACGAAAAACCUAUACGAAUGGAGUGCCCCACCCUUCCAAGCGGUUGGCAGCGUGAAAUUGUGAUGAGAAAGUCUGGGUUGUCAGCUGGUAGAAGCGACGUUUACUAUUACAGUCCAGAUGGAAAGAAAAUCCGUUCUAAACCUCAACUAGAAAAACAUCUUCCAGACUUGGACCUGGGAAACUUUGAUUUCAGAAGUGGUACUUUCUGUCGACGAAGCAAGCGCAAACAAGGAGAGAAAGACCAGAGCUUUGGACGAGACUUAAAUGGAGGAAUAAUUCCAGCCCCUGUGCGUCAAUUGACCAAAUCAUUUUCAAAGGAACAAGUUACGUAUUACCCAUCCAUGGUGUUGGCAACUCCAAAGGAAAAGAAACGUAAACAUGAUGCACCAAAUACAAGAACUGAAAAGGACAAACCAAAGCAGUUGUUUUGGGAAAAACGACUACAAGGGAUUUCAGUUAGUUCUAUGGAUGAGAAUUUGCUUAGGUGUUUUCGCUUACCAACUCAAAUAAAGAGUGUUGGGCCUGGAAUAAGUCAGAGGAGUUUAAUUCAUUCUCUGGUGACCAAUCUACAUAACAAUGCAAGUGUUAAAGGGCAAGACAGAUCUGCAAUAGCUCUGGAUAAACACCCAGAGGUAUGGCUAAAUGCUGAGCAACCAUUGUGUACACCUUUCAUUAUCACAGAGGCAGAUGUUAAGAAACAAGAAGAAAAGGUUUCUACACUAAGGAGGCAAUUAUCUGAGGCCUUAGUUGAAUAUGAGCAUUUAAAGAGAGAUCCUCCCCUGAAAUAAACUGGUUAUAUGUAGAGCAACAUGAUAUCAGGAAAGACUGAAUUGUGCUUUCCCAGUUUGCAUUACAAAGCACUGAAAUAGCCUCUGGCAAAUAAGGUGUUCAACAAUAUUAUUAACCUUAUUGUGUUAUUUGUGAUGGGAGCAUUGUUUAAGAGGAUAAAACAAUUGAGUGCGGUUACAAUUUUUCUCUGUUUUAGAUAGUAGGCCAUCUGUGAUAGAGCUUUACUAUUGCUUGGAGAAAAAGAAGCAUGAUGAAAAUAUAAAUUGUUUUUAGUCAUCUUCACUUUACUCUUGUAAAUCAAAGACAAAAAAUAUCACAGGUGCUUUGGACAUGUUUGGCUUCUAUUUGUGUAAAGCUAGAGCAACAAGGACAACAAAACAGUUGACUCAAGAUGCAGUUUCCUCUACUUCAGUGCUGGAAAUAACAGGUGGUCACCGUCCAACCAAAUUUGUGAAAUUGCUGACUAAAUUUACAGUAGGAUUCCGCAUCUUGACUGAGUACUUUAAUAGCUUUCAUUCAUCUUAAUAUUAUUUGAAGACCAUGUUUCCUUUGAAUCAUGCUUAAAAUCUUAAAUCAUAUGAAUCCAUGGUUUGCCCAGUAACUUAUUACUUCAUGUAUGUCUAUGGAUUGAGUCCUCAGAUUAUUUUUUGCAUGCAACUUCCCUUUAGUUAUUGACAUCUAACAAAAUUGGUAAUGUCUGGCUGAGAUAGAUACAUGUAUUUGAAAGGGUACAUUUCCAGCUCUGUGGUAAAAAAUAUUUUCAGCACUGCUUCUUCAACAUAUCCUUUCUUUAUCAAAAGAGAGUUCUGUAAAAAUGACUUAAAUGUUGUUGGCACUGGUUGACAAAUUGUGACUACUGUAAACAAAUGUAUAGAAGUCUAUUUUUUUCGGUUGCACAACUUGGUGUUACAUUUAUAUUACAUUUUAAGAAUAGCCUUUCUUGCUAACAUGUAAUCUAUUUUUUUUUUUUUUGUAAUAAAGGAUCAUUGUUUAAACCAAAUUUUGACUUCUUCCAAAUCUUUUCUAUGUCAUGGAAUGUCGUGAAAUAGCACGGGAGGGGGCAGAUUUGGUACCUUUUCUUACUGGAUUUUUUUUAGUGAGGAUAAUAUGAGUUUGUGAACUGUAAUUCAUGGACGAAUGAACUCUAGGAUGAAAGACAUUGUAAAUUACCAUAGAAAAUUACUAAAUGAUUUUAUAACAGGAGACUUGAAAGUCUGCAAAUAUGUGUUAGUUCAGGUCUCUCCAGGGUCCCAGUUUUCCCGCCAGUAUUCUCCCUUCUCUCGUAGGAAUCAAAGUGCUAGGGGUUCAUUCUUAAAUGUCCGACUUCUUCCACCUCCUGGACCGGGGACGGAAGUACUACGUGUUUACGAUGUAGUGAAAUAGGUCGCACUGCACAGAAUUUCACUUUUAUGAAAAUGAUGACCAUCAGGCAGUCUUAUGAACAUAGAGCUCCUUUAAACGAAAUCGCAUCCCUUUUAUACCGAGACAAUAGGGGAGCAUGGAAGACAAAAACAAGUUUAUGAAGCGAUUCUCGAUAAACCAAGUUUCAGAUAUCACAAGUGAGACGAGUGAUUCACCGAGAUUGUUUACGAAUGAAAUUAUUACAGAAAGAUGUUGUCGAAGAUAAAGUAGAAAAUUCAAGUAUUCACAAGGGGCUAUCUUUAAAACGGGAAACGGGGAAUCGGGGAAUCGGGGAAUCGGGGAAUCGGAGAAUCGGAGAAUAGGGAAAUGGGAAUGGAGAACGAGGAAUUUUUAAAAUGGGAAUCUUUAAAAGCGGGAAUUUUUAAAAUGAGGAAUCUUUAAAAGAGGGAAU